AUGAAUGAAAUAGAAAAUAACCAACACGACCAAAAAAUAAAAGAAUUAGUGGGCAAAGUCCGCCAAGAAUUAGGAAGCGAAAUAAUCGAAAAACCCAAUAGUAAGGUCAAUGAAUACUUAAGUGAAAUCGAAAACUUAGAAACCGUUAUCCCCGAAGAAACCAAAAAACUCUGGACGGAAUUAGGAAUUGCUGAAGAUACUAAUCAGCAAAAAUUAGUUCAAGAAGUCCAGCGACUAGCGGAAUUAUUUGCUACUGAAAAUUCCCAGAAAAUAAAGGUCCAUUUUGCCACGGAAAAGACACCCCAAGAGCAAUUAAAAGGCCAGAAUGGAACCACGGAAAAAAAAGACGAAGAAUUCCAUAUUUACUUAAAUCUGGAAAGAAAGGAUAAACAGGGAAAUUUUUGCCCUAAUUUAGAAAAUCUAACUGAAGAAUAUCAAAAACAAUUCACUUCCUUACUUACUCCCUCUACUUUUCCCCAGGAACUAUUAGAGAUAAAGGAUUUAUACCAAGUUUAUUUUCCUAAUUUAGAGGAUAUCCCAGAUAGUCAAACUAGUCAAGCCCUAGUCAACCCAGAAAUAGUGGAUAAAACUUGGUCAAUGAUUCGCCAAGAAUUAAUAGAAUUAACUAGCCAAGAAGUAAAAAAAAAUCCCAGUGAAGAAGAAUUAAAUAAACUAGCCAUUAAGGCAACCAUUAAUGGUAGUGCUGACCAGCACUACACUAUUUUAGUAAACUAUCAUUCACAAAGUCCUUGCCAAGAAAAGAUAAAAGAACUAAUUGCUACUACUCCUUUACAGUUAGAAAACGAAGCUUUGAAACAGAAAACUAGUCAAUUACCUAGUCCGGAGAAUUUUGCUAAACUAACUAAACAAAAAACCGAGUUAGAAAAUUAUCUGCAAGAUUAUAUGACGGGUUCGCUCGAUUUGAAUUAUUUCACUAAAUUAGAAGAAUUAAAGUGUUGCAAUAAUCCUUUAACUGCUUUGAUGUUAUUUGACUGUCCUAAUUUAAAAAAAUUGGAGGUGGAUAAGGAAGUGCAAAUAUUUGCUCGCCACAACAUCAAAGAAUUAGUAAGGAGUGAGUUGGCGAAAAAAGAUGAAAGCCAAAGACAAAAACGCCAAGCCCGAAUAGUCCCAGCCUAUGCUUUAAUUUGGAAUAAUAUCCAUGCUGAUUUUACUCUCGAACUAACCAAAGUCUGGCAAGAUUUAGGUUUUACUCAAGAACAAGUCCACGACUGA